AGGCUCUCAGCCUGUCUCAGCUGAAACCACGCCGUUUUUCCUUCAGCGAAGGUUGCUUGCGAAGGAUUCGCAGGACAGCCCGCGGAAUGCAGUGCUUCACCUGCACCAGCACAGUCUCGGGCAUGCCCAUCAAGAUUAGUGCCAAGACACCUUCGCAGCCUGAGCCUUUGCCCACCAAGAACGAUAAGAACGACCGGCGCGGGGAGUGGCGAGACUACGAUGCGGACUUCGACGACUAUGAUCCCCGCACGGCGCCACUUGCACCGCCGCCGGUAGACAAGAACGCGCUGCUCCGGCGGCAGGCCUUGCACCUGCGCAGUCGGGCGGCGCGGGUGGAUACUUGCCCGGCGAUCCUGCAGCACUAUGUCGCAGUGGCAGAGGAGUUGGAAGCUGCUGCGCGGCCCUGGAAGGAGUUCAAACACAGGCGAACGGCAUCCGCGCAGUCCACGGUGUCCACCGUGGUACCAGAAGACAACAUCUCAGACAGUGAAGAGGAGGAGGACGAGGUCCCUCAGGAGGUCCGCGGUUGCACGGACAUCCGACAGUUUGCGAAGAAGGCCUUGCCAGGACUUCCUUGCUCCAGGACCUCGAUGCCCGCCCGUCUCGCCCCGCCCGUGUUGGGACCGCUCUAGUUGCAAGACUCACCAAUGCGGCCCAUGUGGCGGUUUGGAUGUGCCGGAGGGGACCUCCAACAUCCUUGGCAGGUCUGACCCAAGCACUGUGCUCCCCCUUUUGGAUGC